AUGGAUAGAAAAUCUGCUAGAAUAAAAGCAGAGUUAGAAAGAUAUGGUUGGAAAGUUUCAAAGAAGUUUAAAUAUAGGAAGGGAAGACCCAUAAAAGUCUAUGACAAAUUGUCUGGUCUUCGCUAUGAAAUGGACUUGGAAACAGCACGCGCAAAUUAUCCAAACAGACUAGAGAGGUUAGAAGAAGAACGUCUUAUGGACAUGCCUUUCGAUGUUAGUGAACCUCAAGUUGAAGGACACGACGGCUUUGCCAGAUUCUACUGGAAACAUGACGAACAAUUGCAUCCUUUGAGAAGGAAAAAAGGAAAAGGUGAAGACGCACAUGCUCCCAUGGAAAGAACAAGAUAUGCAUAUGAAAAGUAUCGUGAAGUUAGAAGUCAAAUUACAUCUGGUCGAACCUUUACAGUAAACUUUGACGAAGGAAAGAACAAAGAAGGCUUCAUGGGAGUACUUGCUGCCAUACAAGACGGAAAUAAGAAAGGAUACAAUCUCAGACUAACCGUAACAGAUUUGGACGGUCACAUUUACUAUGCACAUGGCAAUGUCACAACAGCGCAACUUCUUGACGCUUUCAAGACUACAAAGAGAGAACAAAUGGUUGACUCCGACUCAGACAUUUUGAAUGCAAUUGAAGGAAUUGCAAGUGUAAAAUUUGAAUGGUACCAACCUAACCCUCAAGCAGUCAGACAACAUGCUGGAUACUUCCCGUUCAUAAAUAAGUCUGACAUUGACUUGACAAGGUAUGGAAUUUACAAUUCAAUUGAAACAAUUGUCAAUGAACCUUGUAUUCUUACAUGUCUCAGGAACUCUGGUCUUGUUACAGAUGAGAAGAUGAA